CUGUCGCGGGGACCGGAGGCGGAGGCGGCGGCGGCGGCUGGCACUGCGGCGCCGAGGCGCGGCAGCAGGACCGGAGACCAGCGAGCUGCAGCCAGCUAGGUCUUGACUCUGCUAACCGGGAUCCCCCUGUGGUUUCGAGCUUGGACCGCAGCAGCACGAGGAAAUGUAGCUCAGCGGCUUGUAACGGAAAGCAUAUGGACAGGUCCACGGUGCGGCAUUUAGGUGCUGAGAGAUGGUGGCACUUGUGGGGCUCCUCUCUGCCUGAGCAUCGGGCCCUCCAGGCACCGGAAGAGCCAGCUCAGACCCUGGGUGCCUCGCCUGCACAAGCCUUCUCUUCCAGCCCCUGCAGUCCCGAGGCUGAACUGCUCAUUUUUUCUUGAUGAUGGGUAUUGGUAAGAACACUACGUCCAAAUCCAUGGAGGCUGGAAGUUCAACUGAAGGCAAAUAUGAAGAUGAAGCGAAGCAUCCUGCUUUCUUUACUCUUCCGGUGGUGAUAAAUGGAGGUGCCACGUCCAGCGGGGAACAGGACAAUGAAGACACCGAGCUCAUGGCAAUCUACACAACGGAAAACGGCAUCGCAGAAAAGAGCUCUCUUGCUGAAACCCUGGAUAGUACCGGCAGUCUAGACCCCCAGAGAUCGGACAUGAUUUAUACCAUAGAAGAUGUCCCCCCCUGGUACCUGUGCAUAUUUCUGGGGUUACAGCACUACCUGACGUGCUUCAGUGGCACCAUCGCCGUGCCCUUUCUGCUGGCCGACGCCAUGUGCGUGGGCUACGACCAGUGGGCCACCAGCCAGCUCAUCGGGACCAUUUUCUUCUGCGUGGGAAUCACAACCUUGUUGCAGACAACGUUUGGAUGCAGGUUACCCCUGUUUCAGGCCAGUGCUUUUGCAUUUCUGGCCCCUGCUCGAGCCAUCCUGUCUUUAGAUAAAUGGAAAUGUAACACCACAGAUGUUUCAGUGUCCAAUGGAACCACAGAGCUGCUGCACACAGAGCACAUUUGGUACCCCCGGAUACGCGAGAUCCAGGGUGCCAUCAUCAUGUCCUCACUGAUAGAAGUGGUCAUCGGCCUCCUCGGCCUGCCUGGGGCUCUGCUGAAAUACAUCGGGCCCCUGACCAUUACACCCACGGUGGCCCUCAUCGGGCUGUCCGGCUUCCAGGCAGCAGGAGAGAGAGCGGGGAAGCACUGGGGCAUCGCCAUGCUGACAAUUUUCCUAGUAUUGUUGUUUUCACAGUAUGCCAGAAAUGUUAAAUUUCCUCUCCCAAUUUACAAAUCCAAGAAAGGAUGGACUGCGUACAAGUUACAGCUUUUCAAAAUGUUCCCCAUCAUCCUGGCCAUCCUCGUGUCCUGGCUGCUGUGCUUCAUCUUCACAGUGACCGACGUCUUCCCUCCCGACAGCACAAAAUACGGCUUCUAUGCUCGGACGGAUGCCAGGCAGGGUGUGCUUCUGGUAGCCCCGUGGUUUAAGGUCCCAUACCCAUUUCAGUGGGGACUGCCCACCGUCUCUGCCGCUGGUGUCAUCGGCAUGCUCAGCGCGGUGGUCGCCAGUAUUAUUGAGUCCAUUGGGGACUAUUACGCCUGCGCAAGGCUCUCCUGUGCUCCGCCGCCUCCCAUCCAUGCAAUAAACAGGGGGAUUUUCGUGGAGGGUCUCUCCUGUGUUCUCGAUGGCAUAUUUGGUACUGGGAAUGGCUCUACUUCAUCCAGUCCCAACAUUGGAGUUUUGGGAAUUACUAAGGUUGGCAGUCGCCGGGUGAUCCAGUAUGGCGCGGCCCUCAUGCUGGCGCUGGGCAUGAUCGGCAAGUUCAGUGCCCUCUUCGCCUCCCUCCCCGAUCCCGUGCUCGGCGCCCUCUUCUGUACUCUAUUCGGAAUGAUCACAGCUGUUGGGCUCUCCAACCUGCAGUUCAUCGACUUAAAUUCUUCCCGGAACCUCUUUGUGCUUGGAUUUUCAAUAUUCUUCGGGCUCGUCCUUCCAAGUUACCUCAGACAGAACCCUCUCGUCACAGGGAUAACAGGAAUUGAUCAGGUGUUGAACGUUCUUCUCACAACUGCCAUGUUUGUAGGAGGCUGCGUGGCUUUUAUUUUGGAUAAUACCAUCCCAGGUACUCCAGAGGAAAGAGGAAUCAGGAAAUGGAAGAAGGGUGUGGGCAAAGGGAGCAAGUCGCUCGAUGGCAUGGAGUCCUACGAUUUGCCAUUUGGCAUGAACAUUAUUAAAAAAUACAGAUGCUUCAGCUACUUACCCAUCAGCCCAACCUUUGCGGGCUACACGUGGAAAGGCCUUGGGAAGAGCGCCACCAGCCGGAGUCCGGAUGAGGACUCGCAGGCCACGGUAUAGUUGUAGGUCACCUGUGGCCCGGCCGCAGUGGGGCAUGAAUCUGUAGUUCCUUGCUGAGUAACAAGCAGUAACCUAUAUGUUUGUAUAUCUGCAUUUACAUUCUGCACCAGAGCUAAGACAAUUACAGAUAGCUUUUUUGUUGUGGGUGGUGAUCGUGUCUAAUA